GUCUUUUUGACAUUUGACAAAUGACAUACCUUUUUGUUAUUUUUUAAAAUUAUUUAAAAUAUAAAUUGUAAAAUACAUAGAAAUUAAUCUUUAUACGUGUUAAAUAAUCACCUUUAAAGAAACUAAAAUCAGUGAGGUUAUUUAUAAAAUUAUAAAUAGAACAUAGACGUUCAUGUGUAGAUCUUAACCAAAUUUUGAAUUUUGAUCUUUGAAAAUAUCCUUUUACGUACACGACCUCAUUUUCCAAAAAUAAGCAAUACAUAAAAUAAAAAUGCAAAACCCAAACGAAGAUACGGAAUGGAACGACAUUCUGAGAGCCAAAGGUAUUAUACCACAAAAGGAAAAAGAAAUAACAGAAGAUCAAAUUGUGUCUAUACUAGAAGAUACAAUAAAAUCAAAAACUAAAGAAGGAAAGAAUUUAGAAGAUUUAGACCUUGAUGAAUUGGACGAGUUAGAGGAUUCUGAAGAUGAAGCUGUUUUGUUAGAAUAUCGAAACAAAAGGAUAGCUGAAAUAAGAGCUCUUUCUGAAAAGGCUAAAUUUGGUUUUGUGGGUGAAAUAUCCGCACAAGAUUAUAUUAAUGAAGUAAACAAAGCUGGUGAAGGUAUAUGGGUUGUUUUACAUCUAUAUAAACAGGGAAUACCACUGUGUGCUUUAAUUAAUCAACAUAUGAGUUAUCUAGCAACUAGAUAUCCUGCAGUGAAAUUUUUGAAAUCCAUUUCUACAACGUGCAUACCAAAUUACCCUGAUCGUAACUUACCAACGAUUUUUGUUUAUUUUGAGGGUGAUUUGAAGAAACAAAUUGUUGGUCCUGUCGAAUGUAGAGGUCCAAGUCUUACUCUAGAAGAGUUUGAAUAUUUAUUGGGCAAAACUGGUGCUAUUGAUACAGAUAUUAAAGAAGACCCGAGACCAAAAAUAAAGGAUAAACUAAUGCAAGAUUUAGCAGACUCGAAUGAUUGGUCUUUGUAACCUUUAAUAUUUUUUGUUUAUAUUUAAUUUAUUUUAUAUAGAGCUUUAUGUAAUUAAGAACAACAUAUGUAUGAAUAAACGUUUUUAUGCUUG